AUGCCUAGCAAGUACGACGAUGGAGAAAGCCGCCUAAACGAGUACGAAGUAAUUAAAAAAAUAGGAAAUGGAAGGUUUGGUGAGGUCUUCCUUGUAAAGCAUAAAAGAACACAGGAGUUCUUCUGUUGGAAGGCUAUAUCAUAUAGAGGGUUGAAAGAAAGAGAAAAAUCACAACUAGUAAUUGAAGUGAAUGUAAUGAGAGAACUAAAACAUAAGAACAUUGUUCGGUACAUAGAUCGCUUUCUGAAUAAAGCCAAUCAGAAGUUAUAUAUCCUCAUGGAGUUCUGUGAUGCAGGGGAUUUAUCAAGGAAUAUACAAAAGUGCUACAAAAUGUUUGGGAAAAUAGAAGAGCAUGCAAUUGUAGAUAUUACAAGACAGUUACUACAUGCCUUAGCCUACUGCCAUAAUUUAAAGGAUGGACCAAAUGGCGAGAGAGUAUUACACAGAGAUUUGAAACCACAGAAUAUAUUCUUAUCAACUGGAAUUCGACACAUAGGAAAGAUAACAGCUCAAGCGAAUAAUUUAAAUGGAAGGCCUAUAGCAAAAAUUGGAGAUUUUGGACUUAGUAAAAAUAUUGGCAUAGAGAGUAUGGCACACUCAUGUGUAGGUACCCCAUACUAUUGGUCACCUGAAUUGUUGUUACAUGAAACGAAGAGUUAUGAUGACAAGAGUGAUAUGUGGGCUCUUGGUUGUAUCAUUUAUGAACUUUGCUCUGGCAAAACUCCAUUUCAUAAGGCGAAUAAUUUUUCGCAACUUAUUUCUGAGCUUAAGAGGGGACCUGAUUUGCCCAUUAAAGGGAAGUCCAAGGAACUAAAUAUGUUGAUAAAGAAUUUAUUAAACUUGUCUGCGAAAGAACGACCCAGUGCUUUGCAGUGUCUGGGGUAUCAGAUUAUUAAGAAUGUUGGUCCUCCUGGGGGGGGAGGUGUGGCUCCUAUGCCCGGUGCUGUUGUCACGAGGAGAAAUCCAUCCAAGGAACACACCGGUUUGCAGCUAGCCACUGUGGAAAACGGGAAAAAUGGUGAAGACGUGAAUUAUGGCAUUUCACAGAAUGUCCUGAUAAACCAAAGGAAUGAAGAACAACAUGGGAGGAGAAGCUCUAGCUCCGUCAGCAGACAGAGCGUCAAUAAUGUUACGAAUAAGGAUGAUAGAAAGUACCCCCAGGAUGGAGGUACUAACUGUCAUGCUGUUAGUGGGCACUACGGUGGUCGGGUUGAUAAGGACCACACGGAGAGAACCCGAAUUGAAAAGGAAAACGCGCAUCGGAAGGCGCUUGAGAUGAAAAUCCUGGAGAAGAAGCGAAUCGAGAGGCUCGAAAGGGAACGCGUGGAGCGAUUGGAAAGGGGGCGCGUGGAGCGACUGGAAAGGGAGCGGGUUGAGAGGUUGGAACGGGAGCGAGUAGACCGCCUCGAACGGGAGCGUGUUGAUCGCCUCGAAAGGGAGCGAGUGGACCGCCUUGAACGAGACCGAUUGGAGAAGGCGCGGCGGAAUUCGUACUAUCUGAAAAGUAUGGAGAAUGGACUCAGCGCAGGAGGCGUGCCAACCGACGGAUCCAGUGUGGGUGCCACCGAAGGAAGGAAUCACAGCGGCGUGCGCAGUAGUGUACACUGCAGCAUACAGAGCAGUGUGAGGGGUGGUGUGCAUGACAGUGUGAGGAGCGGUGUGCAUGACAGUGUGAGGGGUGGUGUGCAUGACAGUGUGAGGAGCGGUGUGCAUGACAGUGUGAGGGGCAGCGUGCAUGACAGUGUGAGGGGUGGUGUGCAUGACAGUGUGAGGAGCGGUAUACCUGACAACGUGCGGAAGAGUAGUGGUGUGAAGGUCGAAGGGAUGGGAAAUGCGCGAGCGCCAGUGCCCAAUCAAGGCACUCACGACGGAAGCUUCUCCAGAGGGAAAGACACAAGUAAUCAUGUUAGUAGCUACAAGCCAUAUAUAUAUGACAGUAGGAAGGAAAAGAAUUAUCAAGAAACCUUUGAUCGGAACGAGGUGCAUGGGUACAGGAAGAACAGCCCCAUAACCACGAUAGUACCCUCAAGUCAUGUUAUGCAGACAAAAGGUAACACAGGAAUGAGUGUGAAUUCUAAGUACCUGGGUGGAGCGGGCUAUGGAGGGUAUAGCAACAAUCACUCCGCCACUGGUCAGUACGUCGGGAACCCCAUGGAGAGUGUAAAAUAUCGAGAACAUAACAAGUACAGUGUUGUUGGGCUAGCCAAGAAUGCAAAGGAGGUGUACAAAGAGACGGUGAACCCGAUUUGUUCGACGGAGUCGCAGUACGAACGGGUGUACAAUCAUGGUAACAGGGGAGGGCAUACUCACAGUGGGAGUGGGAGCAGUGGAGGAGAGAGAACCGACCACCGAGAUGGCGGGACCUGCAAAAGCAAUCGGGUGUCCAACAUUUACUUCAAUGACAACGCCAGGAGGAGCGUCAGCGCGUUGCCACACAUGAAUGCAAUAAACGCGAAGAAAUCUAGCAUAUACAAUAACACCUGUGAUGAAGGCACGCUUAGUAAGAAGAGUGUCGAGGUAGAUCGGAGUUACAAGCAUCUGGAGAAGGAUAGAGAGUAUCUUCUGGAGAAGCGCAAAAUGCUCAUGGAGAAGGAGAAGGGCAUCUACAACCGAAUGCGCCAUAACAACGACUACGCGUAUGCGCCAGUGCGCGCCUUUGACCGAGGAGAAGACAAGAAGCCAAACGAGUUGGAUAGGCGAAACAGAAGCCUCUCCAUGUGUAUGAAUGAGCAAGAGAAACGAAGAGGCUCAUCAACGUAUAACGUGAAGGAGUACCACGACGAGGAGGAAGAACUCCAUAACAGCUACACUCUGCAAAAGAGAAAUAUGUACGCCUUGAAGAAUUUUACGCACAAGGGUCCGGAUGCCUACACGUGCAGGUAG